UUUCGCCUCUGCGCGCGUGAGGUACACGCGCCGCCGCCGGAAAACGUCGCCACCGCCGGACCACCGUCCCCCGCCGCCGGAAUAUCCGCCGUCGCCGCCGUUGACCGUCGCCGGUAACUCGCCGGUGACUCGGUCAACUCGUCCGAGUCAACUCAAUUUGGAGUCCAUUUGAGCAGCUGGAGGUCAUAUAUACCACUUCUCUUCAUUGCUAAGAUGCCGCCAAGGAGAAGAACCACCCGUGCCCAGACCGCCAGAGCCGUUAGAGACAAUGUAGAUGAGCAUGAGCAGCCCGCAGUUCCACCACCCGCGGCUCCACCAGUUGAUCAGGAUGCAUUGAGACAGAUGGUUCAGGAUGCCGCUAGACAGGCCGCUCAGGAGGCACUUCAGCAGAUUGCCCAGGAGGCAGCCAGGCAGGCCGCUCAGGAGGCCGCCCGCCGAGUAGCUGCUCAGGAGGUUGCUCGUCAGAUGGCUGCCGUUCAGCAGGGUCCUCAGGUUCAGGUGCAGCAGGGUCCGCAGAUUCGGGUUCAGCAAGUUCCACUGGUUCAGGUCCAACAGGAUCAGCAGGGUCCAGUUCAGCAGUUUGCUCAUGGUGUUCAGGAUCUACCGCCACCACCACCGCGACCUCAUGUUUACCCGGUUUAUGAUGAGAGGUUCUACAGGCUGACAUGUCAGAUGAGAAACAUGGAGAUGGAGCAUUUUAGCGGAACAGUGGAUGCUGUAGCUGCACAUGAUUGGAAGUUAGCCUUGCAGCGGAAGCUGGAGAUUAUUGAGUGUCCACCAGAGUUGUCGCUCAGAUUGACUAUGCAGUACCUUCGUGGAGAUGCUCUUAUAUGGUGGGAGGGAAUACGAUUGAGUCACUUUGGGCCAGAGAGGCUUACCUUCGCAGACUUCAUCCGAGAGUUCGAUAGGAAAUACUUUCCGAAGGAAGCUAUGGAUAGGAAGAAAUGCGAGUUCGAGCAUGUAAGUCAGGGUAAGAUGUCUAUCAGGGAGUAUGAGGUUGUGUUUAACCAACUUCGCAGGUUUGCUGGAGAGGGCAUUUUAGAGGAAGACCUGAUGAGGAAAUUUUUGAAUGGGAUGCGAGUAGAGAUUCGUAACAGGUGCCGUGUCGCCACUUAUCACAGAUUGGGAGACUUGGUGGAGAAAGCUGCCGAGCAGGAGGCAGGUUUGGCAGAGGAGCAGAAGUACACCAAGGCAGAUCAGCCUAAGUUUGGAGGGACUUUAGAGGCACAGCAGAGGACAUGGGACAAACCGAGCAUACAAUGCUUUUAUUGUGGAAAGAUGGGACAUAAGAGUAGGGUUUGUCGGAGUAGGCUAUUUGAUGCCCAGGUUGCGCCACCAGCAGCGGCAGCAGCACCAGUAGUGGAUGUUAGGAACUGUUUUGGUUGUAACCAGCCUGGUCACAUUUUCAGAGACUGUCCGAGGAGGGGUAAUGCAGCGCUUCCACCACCACCGAAGCGUUUAGCCAUCGCUCCACGUGUGUUUACGGUUGGAGAUCCCCAGGGAGCUGAGCCGAUAGCGGGUAUGUUCUUAUCAUACUUGCUUGUGUUAAUAUUUGUGGUUUUGUGGUUAUCUUGUAUAGUUCGAGAUUUGUGAAUCUCGUGUAUGAUUGGUUGUGGUUGGUGUGAGUUACCUCACAGCUUAUUUGACUUAAGAGCUUUUCAUAGUUUUGUGAGUUCGCGUUUGGUUAAGUUUUAGUCUUUUUAGAGGGAUCUUCUAACCGAAAGAUAAGCAGAUUUAGAUUGUUGUUAUGGAGAGCUUGUUGUUAUGGAGAGUUUGAGAGCGAUCAGGAAUUCAUCGUGAUGUACCUGUUAUCAUUUGAGUAUUAUGAUGGCACCGUCGAAGUUUUAUGGUGGGUCUGGUCGUACACCACUUUGUUGGACCAAAGUGGGGGAGCAAUAUGAGUUAGAACUAUUAAUGGUUCAAGAGACGGUAGAGCAAAGGAUAUGCUCAAGGAUUGGCUUUCGGAAGCCCAUGACGUCAGAGGAUUUAUGCAGCUAAGCACCGUAAGGAUUUAGAGCUACAUAUGGGCAUACCUUAAAAUAAGGACAUUUCAGGAGGAGCCUAAGACUCAGAAGAUAAAGGAGCUUAAACCGAGAUACAUGGAAUUGUAUCCUGCACUGGAGUGGAUUGGAUUAGUUGCUUGCAGUUACUUUAUCAGCAGUAUAUCAGCCUUCUAGGACUUGGUUCAUAUGACAGCAUUGCAAAAGUUGAGAAGGCGCUAUAAUUAUUUU